AUGGGGAAAGCCUCGGCUGAUGAAAUGAUUCUCAGCUAUAAUGAUGUUGUGCUUAGACGAUCAGAUCUGGACAUCCUAAGUGGUCCUUACUUUCUUAAUGAUCGCAUUAUCGAGUUUUAUUUCAGCUAUCUUACUGCAUGCUAUCCUUCUGAGGACAUCCUUCUGAUACCUCCUUCAAUUGCUUUCUGGAUAAAGAUGUCCCUGAAAUUUAACCAGAACCUCAAGGAUUUCGUAGAACCCCUCAAUCUGUCUGAUAAGAAACUGGUAAUCUUUCCUGUCAAUGACAAUGAGGAUGUGGAUGAAGCUGAAGGUGGGAGUCAUUGGAGCUUACUUGCAUUUGAGAGAAUCACCAAUGUGUUUGUGCAUCAUGAUAGCAUCUCUGGUGAGCUUAAUAGGAAACAUGCUAAGCAAAUCUAUAAAGCUGUUGUUCCAUACAUGGGGACAGGAUCUAAUGGCGCUUAUGUUGAAUGCUCUGACACCCCUAGGCAAGUUAAUGGUUAUGAUUGUGGCUUAUAUGUUACAGCCAUUGCAAGAGCCAUAUGUCGCUGGUAUGAGAGCAAUGAACCCAAAGAGGGGGUUUGGUGGUUAUCUGCCAUGAAGGAACAGGUUACACCAUGUAGCGUUGCUGAGAUGCGUAAUGAGAUUCUGGUGCUGAUAACAAGUCUCAUGGAAAACCGAGGCCGAUAA